CGCCAGGAGCCGGGAGCGCAGGACCCGAGCGAGCGCACCAUGGCCCCGCUGCGAGACUGCCAGGCGUGGAAGGAUGCUGGGCUGCCUCUCUCCACCCCGAGCAACGAGGCCUGCAGGCUGUUCGAUGCCACCCUGACCCAGUAUGUAAAAUGGACCAAUGACAGAAGUCUUGGUGGCCUCGAGGGCUGCCUUUCAAAGCUCAGAGAAGCAGAUCCAACCUUCGGGCUCGGUACGGGCUGGUCGGGAGCCCCGGAAUCACCGGCCACUUCCCACCCUGUCGCCAGUGAUGGGCCAGGUCAUCUCCAACGGCCUCGUGCUCAUCGGCACUGGGAGCUCCGUGCAGCUCGACAAGGAGCUGGGCCUGGCCGUGAAGGCGAUGGCGGCGAACUCGAAAGCACAGCCGCUGACAGCCCGGGAGCGGCUGCACGUGUCUGCGGUAGAGGCCUUUGCCAAGGGGAACUUUCCCAAAGCCUGUGAUCUAUGGGAACAGAUCCUCCAGGACCACCCCACAGACAUGUUGGCCUUGAAGUUUGCCCAUGACGCCUAUUUUUACCUGGGCUACCAGGAACAGAUGCGCGAUUCUGUUGCUCGGGUUUACCCCUUCUGGACACCCGACGUCCCCCUGAGCAGCUACGUGAAAGGCAUUUAUUCUUUUGGGUUGAUGGAAACCAACUUCUACGACCAGGCGGAAAAGCUCGCCAAGGAGGCUUUGUCGGUUGAGCCCACAGACGCCUGGUCGGUGCACACAGUGGCCCAUAUCCACGAGAUGAAGGCAGAAGUCCAGGACGGACUGGACUUCAUGCAGCGCUGCGAAGCCAACUGGAAGGAUGCUGAUAUGCUUGCUUGUCAUAAUUAUUGGCACUGGGCUUUAUAUCUGAUUGAAAAGGGCGACUACGAGGCUGCGCUGACCAUUUAUGAUGACCACAUUGUGCCCAGCUUGCGGGCCAGGGAAACGAUGCUGGACGUGGUGGACAGCUGCUCCAUGCUCUACCGGCUGCAGAUGGAAGGGGUGCCAGUGGGUCCGCGGUGGCAGGAGGUCCUGCCCGUGACGCGGAAGCACAGCCGCAACCACGUCCUGCUGUUCAAUGACGCGCACCUCCUGAUGGCGUCCCUGGGUGCACGGGACUCGCAGACUACGCAGGAGCUGCUGACCACCCUGCAGGAUGCCAGCGAAUCCCCGGGGCAGAACUGCCAGCACCUCCUGGCCCGCGACGUGGGGCUGCCCCUGUGCCAGGCCCUGGUGGCGGCUGCGGACGGGAACCCCGACCGCGUGGUGGAGUUGCUCCUGCCCGUCCGCUACCGCAUCGUCCAGAUCGGAGGCAGCAACGCCCAGAGAGACGUCUUCAACCAGCUGCUGAUCCACGCCGCCCUGAACUGCACCUCCAGCGCCCACAGGAAUGUGGCCCGGAGCCUUCUGAUGGAGCGUGACGCCUUGAAGCCCAACUCGCCCCUGACCGAGCGGCUCAUCCGCAAGGCGGCCGCCGUCCACCUCAUGUAGGGAAUUGGCCCGGCCUCCCCUGGCCGGGGAACGUCAGCGGCCUUCCUGGAGGCAGAAGCAGUUGCUCAGCAUUGAGCCUUGGCGUUAGGAAGCGCCGGAGCCGGUUCAGGCUGGGAAAGCGUCGUCUUCAGCGUGCAGCAGAAAUCCCUGCACAGCAGCAGUUCUACAGGGAAAAGGGGACACCAAUCAAUUUUAAAUGUGAUUCAGAAUCUUCUUCAAUCCUAGUUAGGGUCCUGACAUAUUUUUUUCAGACAGGCAGAGUCAGCGUGGGCUCUGCUGUUUCCAUGUGCCUUGCAAAUUGUAUUUUCCCAGGUGGUCUCCACACCUGCUAUGUUCCAGGGUUGGAAGGCCGGGCGGGGGUGCGGGCAGGCUCAGAGGAGGGGUGUGGCGGACAUGGUCCCUAGAGGCUGCCUUCCCCCACAGUGCCCUUGGGGUAAACCCUCUAUUAGUCGUUCUCAUCCUGUUCGAGGCAGGUCCUGUGGUCACCGUUUUUCAGGUGGGGGCACCAGUGGCAGGGAAAUGAGUGGCCCAGGCUUGCAGCCAGCAGCUUGUCUGUCUUUCCUGGGAGAAGGGACCACCCUCGUCCCUCCCCGCAUGCCUUGGCCCCAGCCCCCGGCCACAGGCUCCGGCCGCCCUUCUUCCAGAAGUCCCACCGCGUCGGUGGCUCAUUCUGCCAUCUGGGGGGGGGGGGGGGGGGGCUGUGGGCUCCCCUGGGAGGCCUCAGUGAUGCUGGUUUGGACUUGUUUUCUUUUAAACUGCACCUCGUGAUGGGGCCUCAGGUAGAAGGUUUCCUUUGCCAGCUCUGAUUUUCGUCAUAAACGCACGUACACUGAGCUGGUGUGUUUGCUGGGCUCUGGGUAUCGAGCUCAGGGCCUGCACUUGUGUGGCCAAAGCCAAGCACCGUGAUGCUGAGCUUCAGAAAGAUAUGAGCCUGUUUUAAUACUUGUUGCUGCUUCCCGUCGUCAGCUGCCUCUGAUGAGCCCGAGUGGGCUGCAGGCUUAGGGCUGAUGUUCCGGCUCAGCGGUACUGGGGGUCAGCCUUCCUGGGAGGGGAGACUCUCGAAGGGCAUGGGUGUUUCUCAGCUCCUUUCAGUUCAUGUUGAAAUCAGGUGGCUGGACACACAGAGGCAGGAAGGGGCCGGGGAGGAGGUGCUCUCAAGCCCAGGCAAAUUCUUGGGAUUAAAGUAAAUGAAUGAGUUGGUUCUUUCCAUUAAUCCUUGCUGGGCCCCUUUGAACAUCUCCUCCCUGCCAGGCCUGGGGCUGGGCCCUGGGAGCCAUCUUCUCCUUGAAGCACUUGGGGUCGGGUGGGGGCAGUGAGUCAAGAAAAUGGUAAAUCCCAGGAUUUCAGGGUAACUGCCCUGAAGCCUCCAUGUGGGGACUGGGGACACAGUGGGAAGAGGGGUCUGCUGACAGAGCCCCCUCCCUCCAUCAGCCCAUUCCCACCACGAUUCCAAGUGAGAGGCGACUGGGCGAGGAAGGCAGGAGCAGCAUGGAGAGUGGGUGUCGGGACCUCCCCUCACCACCCCCAGCCCAUGCCACAGGGAUGUGGGGAUCAAAUACCUGGGCUGAGAGCCUCUGGGGGCAGGACCCUCAUAGCUCCUGCGCGGUUGCCCUGUGGUACCUGAAUUAGGCAACCCUGGGCCCUCCGGCUUCAGGGGGCUCUGGCAGGUGGAGGGGAGCCUGGAGCUCCUGGGCAGGUGGGCCCAACAAACCCAGCCAGCCUGAGUGUGAGCAAGACCCAGGAGAGGCAGCUGGGAGAUGGGCUGACCCAACGGCCUCCUCUGAGCCCCUCUCUCUAUCCAGGCCUGAAGCCAGAGCCACCCCUGGACUUCCUGCUUUCUUGAACCAAUAAAUCCUCUUUCUGAAACCUG